CUACCACAACGUAAAUGGCCCCUUUGACAUGAGACCAGCAAGUAGAACCGAACACGAAGCUCAAAGAGGCGUAAAGCAAUGUUGUGGAUAGGGAAAGGACUUCAGCGAGCGAAAAUUGCCGUUUUAUACUUUGCACCAACGCUUCCACGUGUUCGAGACGGAUACCGGCAGCGCGUUCACAGAACUCAUUGCUUGCAAUAAUUGCUCUAGCACUCUCUUACUAACUAUCGUUGCUUCAUUCACUGAAGGUUUGACUAAAGAGAUGCCAGCGACAGACCGUACAUCACAGUUCCGCGAAAUACUGAAGGAGGUCUCGAAUUCACUUCCCGAGGUUAAACGGCGUAAAGUCUCCAAACCAUCACAUAUCCAGCGUGAUGUCCUGGGCAAGCAAUAUCUCGCAGAGGCCUAUAUUAUUCUCCACCACAUCAACACCCUCGCACGAAUGCUUACCCUCAUUCGUAAACCGUAUCUAAACCUCGAUUCUCGCAGUCCACCAUUGACACGUCAACAAACGCGAACUAUUAACCUCUCGGAUGUCGAACAGUCAUGGGCGAAUAUCCGGCAUUUGACGGACAAGGAGAGGGAUCAGAUUGAUUUGCAGGCCAGGGUUAUUCUGUCACGAUGUUCGGAUAGGAUAAAGGAAAUGGAAGCAUUAGAGAAACGACGUCAAGAAAUUGCAGCAAGCAAGACAAACCCUCUCACGCGUUUCCUACCCGCUCGACUACGUCAAGACGAAGCUACAGCGGCUUCAGACUUCAUAGCAGCCCAUCACGCCAGCAUAACAUGGUAUCUCAGUAGAAGACUCACCGAAACAAGUCAAACGCUUAAAGAAAUGCAAGAAGAGAGGAUGAAGCGUCAACUCGAACGAACACGGACGCUAGGUUCGGGUGCAGCGCGAGAAGCCAUGUUCAUGACAGAAUCGCUACCGUCUUCGUCGUCUUCAGAUGACAAUGGUGGUGGUGCUAGUGGAAGUGGUUGGCUAGGCGGGGCAUCGCAUUUGGCUUCGAGUCUCGCUGCGUCCAUUGGAACACCUUCACUAGGCGACGCUUCGAGUUCAAGGUCAACACCGCGGACGAUGUCGUCUUUGGCUCCGGAUGACCUUUUGGACGAUACAGAGGACGAGGACGACUUGGAGCUAACGGCGUCACAAAUCAUGCAAUUCGAGACUGAAAACGCCAAUAUCCUACAGAAUGUGCAAGAUACCCUGGCAUCGGUGCAGCAGGCAGAAUCUCGACUGAUGGAAAUCAGUGCGCUGCAAAUGGAGUUGGUCGCCCAUUUGACAACACAGACUGAACAGACAGAGCGAUUGUACUCGGAUGCUAUUGCGACGGCUGCUAGUGUGGAGAAGGGUAAUGUUCAGCUGAAGGAAGCCAAGAGGAGGGCGAGGGAUAGUCGCAAGUGGAUACUUUUGUUCCUCAUUGGAGCUAGCUUGUCGUUGCUCUUCUUGCAUUACUAUUGAUAAAUGAUUCCUUGCUAUCAUUCAUCUUUUCUCUUACCUUGCUUUGAGUCGUUCAUCUGUAUUAUUAUCCUAGGCAUCAGUUUCUGGACGGUUUCUUAUUCUCUAGGUGAUUAGUAUCCUUGGCUACACUAUACCGAUGCAUCCUACUACUACCCCUCAUACAAUAUAUACAUACAAGAUUCCAAACCUGGAUGUCCAAAUGUCCAUAUAUUGAGGGAAACUCUAUGCUGCGGGCGAGGUUGAUCUUGACCUCGACGACGCACGAAUUGUGCUUUCCUCAUCCUCGAGUAGAGAUUCAGAAGAAAAGCUCCCCAGCAGAGGAGCACCUUCCUCUGCUUCCUCAACAGCUUCCGCUGCCAACUCGUCUAUCUCUGGCGGAAUGUUCUUGAGGUGUCGAAUGUGCGAUUGCAUCGCGUGAUAAAUGAUG